AUUUUCCUUCUGUUCUCCAAAGUGGGCUGUGAGGGCAUGAGUCUGCGAGGGGGCCGGGAUUUCGACUCCAGCCUCCACCAGGAGCUGGCGCCUCCUCUGCAUCCGGUCACCUGGCUGCCCCCCGGCGUCCGGCUGCGUCUGCGCCUGGACCGACAUGACCACCGGGGACGGGGCUGCUGGCAUCUGGUCGACCUGGAGGCAGAGCCAGAGCCGGGCGAUCAGAGGCUGAGACGCCAGGAUUCUGACACUUGCACGCAAAGUCUGAUGAGUACCUUUUCUGCUAGCCAGGAGAUGCAGACCUCUACUUUUGGCCCCCAAUUCAUAGUUGGGCCUCAGGGUAAGGUACCUGGCAGGAAGAGGGGACGGCCUCCUAUCCGGAAACUGGAGUUCCAGAGCCACUAUGAGCCUCUAUUGCCACUUAAGAUUCCAAAGAAGAGAGGCAGGAAACCUGGCUUUAAGCUAAAGUCCAGAAUGUUGAUGUCCCCUCAUGCCAACUCUCCUCCCGGCAUCACACCAGAACCAGAGAUGGGCUCCAUCCCACAGGAUGCUGCCAUCGUCCCCCACUCUGCCACGUCACAGGUUUUAACAGCCUACAGCCCAAUGCCUGACUCAGGGGAGGGCAAGCGUCCUGCUGGCAUGGACCCCUCCAGCUGGGGAAUAGAGGAUGUGGUGUGGUUCAUCAAGGAGGCUGAUCCCCAAGCCCUCGGACCUCAUGCUGAUGCAUUUAGAAAGCAUGAAAUAGAUGGAGAUGCCCUCUUACUGCUGAAAAGUGAGAUGAUGAUGAAGUACCUGGGACUGAAGCUGGGCCCUGCGCUAAAACUCUGCUACCACAUCGACAGGCUCAAACAAAAUCGAUUGUGACUCACUGCAGAGGAGUGGAAGCCUCUCAGACUUCUUGAGCCAUCAUCUAAAGAGCAUGGACACAAUCCACAGUUCAUACCUGACGUUUUAAAUUUUUUUGUUUUGUUUUUUACUGUACCUGAACCUCUUUUUGAUGGUCAACAUUUUUACCAUACUAUUUGCUGCUGAAGCUAUUAACCAUUUUCAACUUGAUUUACCGGAUACCUGAGAGGCUUUAAAAUGUAAAUAGUUUUUCUGCAAACAGACGGCAGCUACUCUGUGUCAAAACUUGACUUUACGUCGGCGUUCGUUGGAACACAUCAUAAAAACGGCUACUGUAUCAACAGGGAAACUGUAUGGUGCUUUAUACGCGUAAUGUUUGUUAUGAUGUGACAACUUUGUCUGCAAAGCACACGGUUAAAUCACAAGUCAGUGGAAUCAGGCGUGCCUGCCUGCACACACAUGGUGCUCAUGAUGUCAGUGAGACAAGGAGACACUGAACAGCCAGCGUGCAAACCUACAGGGUACAAUAUGCUAUGACAAAAAGCAAAGUGAUCCACAAUUUUAAGGCUUGUUGAUCCUUUGAGCAGUGAUUGCCUCUACAGACUCAACACUUACUGUAGCAUCAUCAGUCCUCUCACACACUUCAUCCAAAUCUCCUCUGGACAGUUUACAGGUUACUCAUGCGAUACCUCUUUAUAAUUUUGAAAACAAAGGCCUUUGCUUAAGUAGAAUUUCAUCCAAAAACUGUGAAGAUAAAUGAAUGACAAGAUAACAAUGAAAGCAUUCUUCAACCUUUGACCUCUCAGACUCACUUUUUUUCAUGUAAUAAUUUCACAAACUUUUAAAAUUUGUUGUACAGCCCUUAUAUUCUUUAAUCUUUCAUGUUUGUUUUUUUGCUGAAAUUUUCUUCUGUAUCACAAACAGACCUUUAUGAAAUACAG